AUGCCGCGUGAUGGAACCGUCAUGAUCCCGAGAGAAGGGGCUUGGAACGAACCUAUCUCCCUGCAUGUUCUCGAUCAAAGAGGCUUAUUUUAUCUUGUCAGAUUCUGUUCCGUGACACAGAUUCGGACCAUUCAGUGUGGGACGCACAAAUGCCGCUGCGACGGCGUCUACGCAAUAACAGACAAGCAAAUGGAAUUGGGACAUCACUUUGUUGCUUGCAGCAGCUGCUCCGAGGUCAUAUGGGUCGAAUACAAGUUUGUGGGGCAAGAAGAAGUUAGAAGAGGGUCUCUCGUAGCAGUUUUCUGUAGGCUGAUGUCACACAGGCUUAA